AUGGAACCUUGCUGGCAAUUGCCUACUCGACAGGGAUUGUCGAGGGUAGCUGAGUUGGUGAUUGUUGAUUACUACGGGAGAAUCCAGGGUUAUUUUGUAUCACCAACUGAAGGAUAUGAAAAGGGGACUGAGGCUGAUCUCAGUGGAAUGUUCCCCAGGGGAAUCACUUGUGUGGAGUACAGCCACUUUCAUGGGAUGCUCAUUGUUGCUGGGGCCAAAGUGAACUGGUCUCUGGCCGCUUCUGAAGUUGCGGACGACUGCAGUGAAUUGCAAGCCCUGCGACUUGUCAGUGAAUUCCCGUAUUACAGAGUGAUCUCCUCUGUCAUCACUUCUUCGGGAUCCCCGGAACUUUUGUCUCCGACGUCGAGAACAUUUCUGCAAAGAGUGUCGUCCUUGGUGUUUGCCAAACAAGCCGUUGACCCCGUGGUUUCCUUGCGGUGUUGCGCAAAUGGCAGACGUCUGGCUGGUAUUCAUGCCUCGGGGAAAAUAUCGGUGUGGACCAUGCCGGGUCUCAAAGUGGAAAGGCUGUGGGAGUUGAAGGAACAAGUUGGGUUCGAUUUUGAAGACGGGGCAGGAUUGGGGUUGAGUGAUGACUCCAAUCUUAAGAAGGAGGAUUCCGAGUUUAGGUUCUUUCCUUGCGACAUUCAUUGGUGGGAUGACAAGUUUUUGAUAGUGGCAAGAUAUUCUGGAGCAGUAGCCGUAAAUUCUGUAGACGAAACCUUCAGAAACAUGCUUGGGGCGAGACCAGAGUCCUUUUGCGGAGCCCCGAGAUUCUCUGCCGAAAUGGAUCCAAAUUCCUGUCCAGAAGGUGAUGCCACGUGUCCCGGUUUCCUGUCCAUGGAAUGCGAAACGAAGUGGUUGUCGAGACGGUCAAGAACGAGGACGUCGAGCGGGGCGUCGACGGACAUUGAUGACGACUUUGAAUUGGAAGAAGACGAAGAGGCGAAUGUCGGUGCAGUUGUCGGAUUCCUCGUCAAGUUGAGAAGGAUUUUCCAAUUUGCCAUUUAUUGGGCCUUGGACAACGAUGCCCUGAUGCUGCCGAGAAGGAAGCCCUUGUUUCUGAUGAACACUGGGGAAUACGGGGAUGCGUUAAAUUUGGCAAAGGUUUACAAUCUGGACACGGAUGCGGUUUACCAGAAACAAUGGAGGUCUGCUCCUGUAACCAGCGCCUCAAUCCAAGAUUAUCUGCGGAAAAUCAAGAAGCGCACUUGGGUGUUGAAAGAAUGUCUGCAGAGAGUACCGAAUGAACUUGAAGCUGUCUACGAGCUGCUUAAUUACGGAUUGAAACAAACGGAUAUUCAGACUUUGAUCUGGACUGGAAAAGUUGGAGAUGAUCAACUGAUGGAUGCACCUGAGAACCUGUCUGAUGAUGACGACGAAUACUACCACGAGACUCUGGAAGACCGAAAAAAGCGAGAGGUCCAAAAGCACAAAAACCUUUGCAAAAGCGUGGAUUGGCAGAAUUUGACUCUAGCCCAGGUGCAGAAAAUGUUGGAGCUUUUGCCCAAGAAAGAGCGGCAUUUUGACGCCACGUUCUACGGGAAGUUUAGAAAAGCCGACUUUAUUGAAGCCACUUUGGAGUUUGCGCGCAGUUGCAAUUUCGAUGCCAUUGAUGUUAUGUGGACCUUCUGUGGGUCUCAUACUUUACCAGAGAGACUCAAGAUUUUGGCCAACAUUCCCGAGACUGUUUUCCCUUGUCAUUACAGAAAUCUGUUGCCGGAAUGCACUCCAGAUGGCUCAGAGUUGCUUGAGUGGCCGGAAGACAAUCUAAGAGCUGCUGAUUGGUGUGAAAUGUAUCCACCAAAUGUCUCCAAGGCCGAGUCUGAGGGCGGGAAUGAAUUGAAAGGAACCCUGACCUCCGAAAUUGUUUCUGAUUGGGUUAGAGGUAGAGCAGUCGAAAUCGACUCGAGAUCAAGAGUUGUAGAGAAUGGCCUCAACUUCCUCAAGCUCUGCAAUGAAAACGCCAUUGCUGGAUUGGAGAUCAUGUUGGAGGAAUUCAUGGUUUUGGACAUGAUAGUCUACGAAGCGGCUCCAGGAGUUGAAAUUUCUUAUCAAGAGUUUUCUGACCUGGAUGAUCUGGCGAAGAUUGAACUCAUGAUGUCCGAGACGAAAGACGAAGACUUCCUGAUAAAUUUUUCAACUUGGCUGCGAUUUUAUUUUGACCACAACUCAGCCACCCGGACGGAUUUCGAAUCCAGGUUCGAGAUUUUGCGGAAAUUCGCUUUGAAGCUGUGUGAAAGCGACGUGGGGAAAGCUCGGAAAGUGAUCGAAGCGUGCAAGAAGGACCGUGGCUUCACCAUCCCAGACACGGACAAGUUCGCCGCCCUCGUCAUUGAAUGCGUGUAUGCCUGCGAACGUUGGGAAGACCUGCCCAAAGUCUUCAACAUGGCGGACACGUUGAACUCCCUGGUGGGAGCCACUGGGUCCCAGAGUUCCGGAUUCCCGCCCAUGAGUGCCAAGAUGCGACGGGAGGCGAGUCGAGCGGAUGAAGACCUGAAAGCUGCUGAUAUGACGACGAGUGUUGGAGUGCCACUGGUUCCGAGGCAUGUGGCCAGUUUGAGGGACGAUGCGGAACUCGUGAGGGAUUUGAUGGUUAAAAUUUGCCGGCUGCCGAUUUCCAGGAAACCUCCGUUUUCCAAAAUGGACUGGUUCAACCUGCUGCAGCAAAUCCAGAACAUUCGAAAGAUCGGUUUCCCAGAUGUCCUGACCCCCAAGGAAGUGUCGACCAUCUGGAUAAAAUCCUUGUUGGUGUCCAGCAACCAUGAUCUGAUAAGAAUCGCCGGGGACAGACUCACUUCUGUUCCUGCAACUUCAGGUUCUGAUGAUGGCAAGCUUACUUACGCGGAAAGUGUGAAAUUGUGUUUGGAGGCCAGCAGGGAAUACCUGGACGCGUGUGCUUCUGCAACUGGGCCAAAUGUGGCUUUGGCUGCUGAAUGCCUGGCUCUUGUGGGGCCUGGCUCUUCUCCAGAAGUGGCCCGAGACAUGAAGCUUAUCGAAUCAUUGCCAGUAUUAUCGCAGUAUGGGGUCAAACUUCUUCCUGUGCAAACAUUUNCUGCUGAUAUGACGACGAGUGUUGGAGUGCCACUGGUUCCGAGGCAUGUGGCCAGUUUGAGGGACGAUGCGGAACUCGUGAGGGAUUUGAUGGUUAAAAUUUGCCGGCUGCCGAUUUCCAGGAACAUGGUGUCCAGCAACCAUGAUCUGAUAAGAAUCGCCGGGGACAGACUCACUUCUGUUCCUGCAACUUCAGGUUCUGAUGAUGGCAAGCUUACUUACGCGGAAAGUGUGAAAUUGUGUUUGGAGGCCAGCAGGGAAUACCUGGACGCGUGUGCUUCUGCAACUGGGCCAAAUGUGGCUUUGGCUGCUGAAUGCCUGGCUCUUGUGGGGCCUGGCUCUUCUCCAGAAGUGGCCCGAGACAUGAAGCUUAUCGAAUCAUUGCCAGUAUUAUCGCAGUAUGGGGUCAAACUUCUUCCUGUGCAAAUUCGGUUGAAACCUGAUAAGUUGGACGUUAUCAGGGAGGUGAAGGAUUUCUCUGUGUGCUCUGAUUUAUGCAACAUAUUGGCAAAAGAGCGACAUGCUGGUGGAUGGGAAGUUUGUGGGAAAUUCGGCUCGACUUUGUCCGACAUGAAAAUUGACGCAGCCCGUGCGCCGGGUUUGAGGGCCAAACUACUUUCCUUUGCCAUGGCCCACUGCCCCCCAGACAAGAUCCACGAAUACCUCCAGAAAAGUUCGCAAACGGAAGUCGACUUCAGCGAUGUCCUCAAACCCCAGGAUAAUGUCGAAUGGAAAGCGCCUCUAGAAGGGUCAGGAGAAGACACGAAGAAACUUCACUCACAUCCAUUGGAAACGCGAAAAUUUUGCGAAGAAGAGAGGCUUGCCGAAGUCCGUUAUCCCUGUUCAAAACGCGGCGCUGAUUUAGGUUGGGAUUUUGCCGUGGAUGCUGUGAGAACAGCUUUUGUGGACUUGAGACUUGGAAAUGACAUUCCUGAUGUUGAAUUCGUGAAGGGUGCUCUAAGAAAAAUCGGACUCGGUUUGGCAAACAGAGGAGAACUCGAGUAUGGACUGUUCGUUCUCUUGACGGCUUACAAAUUUCCUUUCGACGACACAUUCGAUGAUUCUGAAAUGGACGAAUUGUUUCCAAUCGAAAAUAUUUCUGGAGAAGCGAUGGAAGCUGCUCAGUAUUUCUACGCCAGAUUAGCAGCGGAAAGUUGUCAGACUUUCUUGAAGCGGUCCUCGUUUCGUAGAAAAACCGACGCUGAAAUCUCCAAACAUCGAAAAAAGACCAUUGAAGACGCGUUUGAAAUUUGCAAGUCACCCGAAGCGGAGAAAUUCCUGGAGAAGGUGGCCUUGUUGCAAAAGGAAGUGGAGGAUAGGAAACAAGCUGACAUUUUGGCGAGCGUUUCCAGUGAAAUAGACGCGGCGAGAUUCGCGAGAGAUCACGAGUACAAAAUUGACACAAUCUUGGGUCUAGCCAUGACUUCUGAUGAGGAUGUCUUGCACGUUGCUGUGCAGUUUGCUGAUAAAUAUGGAAUCCCGAAAGUGAAACUUGCUGCGGUAUUGACUCAACACUUGUUUCUCAACUCUGAUCUCAAAGAAAUUUCAGUUGAGGAGCGUUUGAAUCAAUUGGAAUUCAUGGAUUCAUUGCGGGAAAAUGCGGAAUCGGCAUUCACAGAGUUGGAAAACUCGGUGUAUCCCGGAAUUCAUGGCAAGGAUUUUGUUUCUUUGUCUGCUUAUCACCGUUUGUUGGCGUCCAUUUUCCCAGAAGAUGAUCCACGAAUGAAGUUCCAUGCUGUUAAUGCCAAAUGCUUGAAAGAGCUUUCUACGCUGCGCUGUGAUUUGGAUUUCAAAGCUAUACAGAAUUCGACGAAUACAAGAGAACUGAAAGAGUUGAUGAGAGCCGCCACUGAGCCGAGAACUGAGAAAAUCCUGCAGAAAGUGGCGUCAAAUUUGCAGCAGUUCGCUAAUGAAGGGGAUGAUCACAAUCCUGCUGAUCUCGUCAAGGGAAUACUUCUGGCAAAAUCUUUUUUGAACGAAUGUAAACGUAUCGCAUCUGCGAACUCGCAAGAAAACCAUGGGAAAGCGAUGACGGAUUUUUUCAUGAAGCGUUUCGAACAGGUGUUGAAAAGUGGUGCUCACGCUCAAGUGCUACGCCAUCUUUUCGAAGAAAUUGCCUUUUCAGAGUCCGCCCUGAACAUUUUAUCGAGGUCUACCAGAAUACAGAUAAUGAAGAAAUCAGUCAACCUUCUGGUCUCCAAAAAUUUCUUUACUAAAGAAGACGACGUUGUUCGUGAGUUGACUGCGCAUCGCUUGUUUCUGGAUUCACUUGACGCGGGUUUGGCUGAACUAGAAGUGGAGGAAGAUUUGAUACCAUUGUUCGAAGGCAUGUGCUGGAGGGACGAAACCAUGCAGGAUUUCUUCAGCCAGCUGAUCUUGGAGAAAAGUGCGGAUUUAGAAACUGUGCAGGCGUUUGUUGGCCUAUUGGAGCCGGAAAGAGCAGCUGGAGGCGUGGCCGAGUUCCAGUUGGCAGCCUUUGGAAUGGCGCUGCGCAAAUUGGCAGCUGAAGGCGGGGAUGAAAGUCUCCUGGACGCAUGUGUGGCAAACAUUGGCUCAGCCUGGAAGGCUGAUGAAGUGUUUCCCAGUAUGGAAGAGUUGCUGGACUGCUUGGAAACUGUUGUUGCGGAUCCUGAAUCGUCCAGGGACGCGAAACUCGCCGUUUUAAGUGGGGUUGAAAAGGCGUUGGAGCGCGAAACCAAAUUCGAACUUGGAGCGAGAGAAAAGUUAUUUGACUUGUGGAGAGCGGUUUUGCUGCCAAAUAGCGAUGGCGAAGCCGAAGAGCUGACGACCAUCGUUGAAAAAUGCGAAAACUUUGAUGAUAUCUUGUCAGUUCUCCGCCUGGUGCUCAAAAAAACGUUGCUUUUCGGAAAAUCCUCCGACAUCAGUCAUGUGAUUUGGCGACAAGUGCUGAAGAGAAUCCUGGAGCUUCCAAAAAGCGAGGAAUCAGCUUUGGGCUCGACGCAGUUGGUUAAAGAAACACUGUCGGCGUUCGACUCAGCCGACACCUGGCCUCCCGUAGAAGUGGUGUUGGAGUUGGAGCUGUUUGCCGCUGGUUGCUGGGAAUGGGGCUUAUGUUUGCUGGCAAUGCUCUGCUCUCCGUACGAAGAAUUGCAAAGCCGGGCUGUGCACAAACUGGCGCACAUGGACCAAGUUCCGCACGAAGCCUGGAAAGAGAGUAUCUACGACAAGAUCAUAGAGUUGGAAGCGGUAACGAAAUUGAUCGGAUCCGGGAUUUUCGCAGACUUCGGUGCUUCGGCAUCAUCUGGUAGACUUGAGAAUGCGGAAGGAGCUUACGAUCAACUGAAAUCGGAAGGAUUUUUGCCGCAAGCAGUCCGUUUAUUUGCGGAACUUUCCGGCGUUCCGGUUCAAUUUCGUACUUUCCGCGCGUCUCUUGAUCCCAUUGUUCGGUGGAGAAUUCAUUUUCCGUGAUUGUUUCGAAGCGAGAGAAAUACAUUGAGAACUGUUUGUUUCGGGAA